ACCCAACUCAGCAUAUAUGGUAGGAAUUGGCGCUUGCAACAGAACAAUGAUCCUAAACACCGUCCAGAGUUGCAAGAUUUUAUUGUCCAAAAUAGGAUAAAGGCAAUGGAUGGAGAAAAUGCAAAUAUUAUGUUGGGCAAAGAACUUGAAGAAUGUCCCAACACUGAAACAAUUGAAAACUUGCAGGCAUCCUUUGGGAACUGUUCAGAAUUGGUUCCUUGA